AUGCCGAAGAACUCCUGCGUGUCAUCUGGACGUUUGUGGCAAGACAAGAAAUGCACGCAGAGGGUGUGCCAGCGGCAGCCAAGGCCGCUCCCGGGGGCGGGAAGCUUCACUCCGUGCCCUGGCCGCAGGAGGUGGGCAGAGGCAGGAGCAGCGCUGCAGGGGCAGAGGCAGGGGCAGCGCUGUACGGGCGGGAGUCAGCGCUGCCCCCGCUCGGAGCGCCCGGAGCGGCGGGCGGGCCCGGCGGGCGCUGUCCCCGGGCCGGUGCUGAAGGGGCGGCCCCGCUCGGCGCCUGUGGCCCCGCUCCGGCACCCGCGGCCCCGCUCGGCGCCUGUGGCCCCGCUCCGGCACCCGCGGCCCCGCUCGGCGCCUGUGGCCCCGCUCCGACUCCUGUGGCCCCGCUCGGCGCCUGUGGCCCCGCUCCGACUCCUGUGGCCCCGCUCCGGCACCGGCGGCCCCGCUGGGCACCCGCGGCCCCGCUCGGCACCUGCGGCAGCGCCAUGGCCACGGCCGCGCUCCUCGGCCCCGACUACUGACUGUCUGCACUUGAGGGAGCAAUGUAUUAAUGCUGGAAAUGGAUGUGAGAGUGUCUGGAAUGUGGUUGAAGAUGCCUGCAAUAUUUCAGUUCUAGGUAAUAGAUGCAAGGCAGAAGACAGUGUUGGAUGUAAUAGAAUAAUCCAGGUCCUGGCUGACGAAUACCCAGAAUUUAGAAACUGUGUCUGCACUACAGACGAUAUCUGUAGGAUCACAACUUUGAUUGGGAAACUGUGCAGCAUCAACAAAGACUAUUUGGCGUCUCCCUCGGGGUCGGACCCUGAGCUGGGUGUCAGCUCCCCCAGGAGCCCCAGGGAUCCGGGGAGCUGCGGCGUGGCGAGGCGGCUGUGCCGGGAGCAGCCGCGCUGCUGGGCCGCGCACCAGAGCUUCCAGCGGCACUGCCGGGCACCCGCGGGCACCUGCAGCUCCCCCCGGCCCGCCCAGUGCCUGCUGGCCUGGAAAGAGCUGAGGACAACGCCCCUGGGAAGGUGCACCUGCCCAGAGCCGCGUCGGGCCAGAUGCAUCAAAAUCUGGAAGGGAAUAUUCAACAACCCUUGCUUACAGCACUCGCAGGAGAGCCAAGCCUCGGGAGCUGGUGACAGUGAUGAUGACUAUAAUGGUGAUCUUGAUGGUGAGAAAAAUCUGGUCACUGACACAAACAAUAUUAGUAUGGAAACAAAAUUACAAUGGGGUUUAUCUGCUCUCUCCAAACAAGCACACACAACAAACAGGAGCUGUUUGGAUGUGAACAGGGAGUGUGUUGAAGAUGAAGUGUGUAACAAACAGCUGUCCCUGUACCUAAAACUGUGCUCAGUAAAUAAGAAGUGCAACGUGGAAGGAUGUCAAGCAGCCAUAAGGUUCUUCUAUGGAAACAUGCCUUUUGAAGUUGCCCAAAUGAUGAUAUUUUGUGACUGCAUCCAGCAUGAUGAAUCCUGCCACAGAGCCAAAGAACUUCUCCAUGGCAAGCCCUGUGCAGUUACUGUAGUUCCACCCCCAUCAUGUCUGAAUGUAAUCCAGAUGUGUGAAGAGAAUGAAUUGUGCAGGAAAAAAUACACAACUUUUCGGUCAAAGUGUUGGAGACAUGUGACAAAAAAAUGUUAUAAUGAUGAAGCUUGUCUUGAAACCUUGCUCAAGGAUGACGUGCCCUGUUCUGCCACCACUGAUUGCAAAGCAGCCUUCGUCAGCAUCUGGGGCACAAUGCUGCUCACAGAGUGCACCUGCCAAAACGUGCCUCCCAUGGAGCAGCCUUUGUGUGAGCUCUUCCACCACAUGCUGCACAGCAAAUCCUGCUUCAGGGACUUGCGUCAAAUUUCUAUUCAGAAGAAGGGUUUUCACUGGGUAAAUACAGAGAUGCCAGGGGAAAAGAUUUCCGGAGCACAGCUCCAUUCCUCUGCAAUUAAUGGUGAAACUGUCUACAUUAUUGCUUACUCCUCCUGCAUAGCUCUCAUCCUAGGAAUAGUCCUGUUGACUCUCCUAAAGAUCAGAGCCUGCAGAACAAAACAUGAGUCAAGACGUCUCUCGCCAGACCAUUCUUCUGAAACAUUUAUGGCCCAUUAUAAAAGUCACAGAUGAACUACUCUCUUGCUUGUGCUUUUUAAGGCUAUUCCUGAAAGCCAGCCUGUUGUACACAUGUGAUAAUAAAAUAUAUAUUAGAAAAACUACUAUAAAUUAUGAAUUUUUGUAAUUAGGCAUACAAAAUAUUUUUUAUAUUUAUUAGCUUAUUUUU